AGUUGGGACCGGACGGGCAUCUGGUCCCUGGAGACUUACACUUAAACGCUAACCCCCUCCUCAGGUGGUCUGACAGUUCGUCAGAUUUGUCUGCCACGUGUGCAUAGUCUGAGUACAGGAAGUUGAAUUAGUUCUUAAUAAUGGGAAGAACCUACAUUGUAGAAGAGACUGUUGGCCAGUAUCUUUCAAACAUCAAUCUCCAGGAAAAAGCUUUUGUCUCUGGUCUUUUAAUAGGACAGUGUUCCUCACAAAAGGAUUAUGUGAUUCUUGCCACGAGAACACCACCCAAAGGAGAACAGAAUGAGAGCCCCAAACAUUCCAAAGCCAAAUUGGAUAACUUGGAUGAAGAAUGGGCCACAGAACAUGCCCACCAGGUAUCCAGGAUGCUACCAGGGGGACUUGUAGUUCUUGGAGUAUUUAUUAUUACAGCUUUAGAAAUGGGAAGUGAAUUUCAAAAUACCCUGCGUAGACUAGUAUUUGCUGUGGAAAAAUCUGUGAAUAAAAAGAGACUGUGGAAUUUCACAGAAGAGGAUGUCUCGGAACGAGUUAUACUUCACUUUUGCUCUUCUACAAAAAAAAUAUUUUGUCGAACUUAUGAUAUUCAUGAUCCAAAGAGUUCUGCAAAACCGGCAGAUUGGAAGUAUCAAAAUGGACUAUCAGCUUCAUGGCUUUCCUUAGAGUGUACAGUUUAUAUUAAUAUUCAUGUCCCGCUGUCUACUACUUCUGUCAGCUAUACUCUGGAGAAAAAUACAAAGAAUGGACUUGCACGCUGGGCCAAGCAGAUAGAAAAUGGUAUUUAUUUGAUUAAUGGGCAAGUUAAAGAUGAAGAUUGUGACCUAUUAGAAGGACAGAAAAAAUCUUCUAGAGGAAAUACUCAAGCAGCUAAUCAUUCAUUUGAUAUUAGAGUGCUAACACAGUUGCUUCUGAAUUCAGACCACAGAUCCACAGCCAUGGUCCAGAUCUGCAGCGGCUCUGUAAACCUUAAGGGUGCUGUGAAAUGCAGAGCUUAUAUUCAUAGUAAUAAGCCCAAGGUUAAAGAUGCUGUGCAGGCCAUGAAAAGAGAUAUAUUGAAUACAGUUGCUGAUCGUUGUGAAAUACUAUUUGAGGAUCUGCUUUUGAAUGAAAUUCCAGAAAAAAAAGAUUCUGAAAAAGAGUUCCACAUUCUCCCUCACCGAGUUUUUGUCCCCAUUCCGGGAUCCACUGUAAUGUUAUGUGAUUAUAAAUUUGGUGAUGAGUCAGCUGAAGAAAUAAGAGACCAUUUUUUAGAGAUGUUAGAUCGUAUGAUUCAAAUAGAAGAUUUGGAAAUUGCAGAGGAAAUAAACACAGCCUGUAUAAGUUCCUCUAUGGAUACUGAAGCUUCAUUGGACAACACAGAUGAUGAACAACCAAAACAGCCAAUUAAAACUACAAUAGUGUUGAAAAUUCAGCAAAACAUAGGUUUGAUUGCAGCAUUUGCAGUUGCAGCCCUUGCUGCGGGUAUCUCCUUUCACUACUUCAGUGAUUAGGUUGAGGCACAGAGAGCUUCCUGAUCAUCCAGAGAACAGUGACCAACAAUUAUGAAUCAUAAAGAUGCAAACAAGCCAUCUGCAUUUAAGACAACAGCAGCCAGAUCUGCUGCCAGAUUCCUGUUAGAUCUGUUUCUGACUAAAAUGA